AUGGUUACCGGCAUCGAGGUUGCAGGACUGAUCCUUGGGAGCUUCCCGCUGAUCAUAUCCGGGUUGGAACAUUAUGGCGGCGCUUUCGAGUCCAUGAAAGAAUGGAUUCGGUUCCGUGCCGAGUUCGCCGUGUUCAUGAACGCCCUCUGCCGGCAGAAGAUAUUCUUCCGCCAGAAUAUCGAGGACCUACUGUCUUCCGUCGUCGACUCGGAGUACGAUAUGGCCUGCAUGCUUGACGAUCCAGACAACCCUGGCUGGAAGGACCCGGACCUGGAAUGGAAGCUCAAAAAGCGGUUAUCUGGCGCACACGAGUAUGAUUGUUGUAUGGAUAUCAUCUUGUCCAUUCACACUGUGCUUGGGAAGUUAGAGAGCAAGUUGCAUAUUACAGGUGACCAGAACCACCAACGGCUGCAAGUGGCAGGGGUAAGCUUCGUUCGAUUAGAAUUCGAAUUUCGAAGGUUCACGUACACGUUGGGCAAGAAGCGUCGCCAGAAGCUGAUGGGUGAGCUCGAAAAAUCCAAUGAAGACACGAAAAGGCUGCUCGGAAACAGUGACCGGUUGGAACCGAUGAGAAAGAAACGAACGGCCAACCUACCCAGGGUCUUCCAUCAAUUUCGCCUACAAGCAGCAAGUCUUCAUAAGGCAAUAGCGAGGGCACUGCGGUGCACAUGCCGUGCUCCCCACUCGGUUGAGCUACUUCUCUCCAGGGGCAGUGAGAAUAUCGAGUCUGGGCUCAGCAGUUCUAUCCAGGGGGUAAAACUACACGUCUACUUCCCUUUGAUUUCCGGACGCUGGGCUCACACGGCCAGUCAUUCCAGUACUAGCAGCAUGAGGUACGCCGCGGAAGUGGAAAUGGCGUGUGCUCCUUCUUCCGAAAACCAGGCAUGGGAGCCAGGCUUCGACGACACUUCAACGGCAGUCAGCGUCCGCUCGAAAAGCACCACAGAUCCACAGCAUGAGAAACGCGGGCGGAAGGUUUCGAUUGUUAGCAGUCGAAAAGAAGCAGAGGCGUCUUCCAGCAUUCCAAAAGACGCUGUUCGGAUCCUUGACAUCUGUGCUUCGCUCGGUUCUGUACAGGAUACCCAACCGUACCUCGGGCUUCUACAUGACGGUGAAGACAAUUGCCAUAUUGUUCGUACUGUAGGCGUCUCAGAUGGGAUCCUGUCAUCCUCGCGCAUUCUCCAGCUGGUCCCCCUCACUACGCUACUAGACAUGACCCCUCAACCAGAAUCACAUUCCAUUGCCGCGGUCCAUCAGAUUAUCUCCGCUCCGCCGUUGGCUAUCAUUCCUCGUCAAGAGAGGCUCUGCAUUGCGCUUACUCUCGCUCGCGCUGUUCUACAGCUCCAGCCGGGUCCGUGGCUGAAACACACGUGGAGCAAGAACGACGUCUACCUAUUUCAGACGAAACAGGGCACUAUCGAAACUCAACACCCCGUGCUUAUCAGCCAUUUCGCCAUCGAGCAGCCUGCAGGCCCGUCGGAGACGCUAACCAACACUCCAAAGGCCGUCACGGGGAUUGCUUCAUAUCAAGAGUCCAGGACUUCGCUGCUUUCCCUCGGAAUCAUCAUCAUGGAGCUUUGGUUUGGGAAGGGCAUCGAGACCCUGCCAUUCCGCAACCAGUUCCUAGGUCCGGACGGCAUGAAUAAUGAGUUUACGGAUUUCAAUACCGCGCAGAAAUGGCAGGAGCAGACUCUCGAAGAGGGGGGCGUAGAGCUGCAUAACAUAACAAGGCGGUGCAUAUAUUGCGCUUUCAAUGCAGCGAGUCAGGACCUUAACAACGCAGAGUUUCGGCAAGCGGUGUACGACGAUGUGGCACAAGGCUUGCAGAGAAUUCUGGCAAGGUACGAGGAGGGAUGA